GCCCUAAUUGAAUUUUAUAUGAUAUAAAAGAAACAACGUAUUGGUCAAUUUACCGAUUUAGUUGUUUAUGAUUUAAAAGUGCUAAAUAUUAUUUAAAAUGAUGUCAAAAAGUUUAAAUCUAAUCGUAUUGUAUAUAUAUUUAAUUUUAGAAUCUUCAUAUGGUGAUGGUGAUACCAAAGAUGUCCAAGGAGAAAACUGGAGAGACAAUCAACCAUCCAGACCAGAUUACACCAAAACUGUUGUCCCCAUAGAUCCAUUUUAUCCAGAAUUAAGAGCAGUUUUAGGUGGUACAUUUGAAUUACCAUGCAGCACUAUAAACGCAUAUGGUGUAAAAUUUAAUGUAAGUUGGUCAAGAAAGGCCAAUCUUCCUUUGACCAACAGCUCUAGACAACAAAAUGGAGUGUUGUAUAUCGACAAUGUCGAGAAAGAAGCUCAAGGAGAAUACAUAUGCACAACUUUCGAUUCCAGUAAUAGAACAAUACUCGACACCAAAUAUUAUAUCACGGUUAUGAUUCCUCCAACGAUCACCGUGACUUUGCGUGAACUGGAGGCCUAUCCAGGCGAGCAUACUUAUAUCAACUGCAGUGCAACUGGUGACCAACCCAUUGAAAUUUACUGGUUACGUUGGGGAAGUGCCAUACCCAGUUCAGUUUACACCAGAUAUGGAUACAUUAGUUUCAACAGUACCCAAUUGGAGGAUGCCGGUAGAUAUUUGUGCGUGGCUAGAAAUAGAGCUGGCAACGCAACUGCUGAAGUUGUUGUCAAAGUAGAAGUCGCUCCAAAGAUCACCUUGACUAGUAGUACUGGUCAUACUAAUAGUAGUAAUAGUAGAAUAGUAGCCCAUCCAGGCGAAUUUCAUUUUAUCAACUGCAGUGCCACUGGCGACCAACCCAUGGAAAUCUCCUGGUCUUCUUUAGGACGCGACUUCUCCAGUUCAGUUUAUACCAAAGACGGAUACAUUAGUUUCAAUAGUACCCAAUUGCAAGAUGCCGGUAGAUAUAUAUGCGUGGCUACCAAUCGACCUGGUAAGGCUGGUGCUGUUGCUGAUUUCAUCGUAGAAGUUCCUCCAAGUAUCAAGUUGUCUUCGACUACAAUAGAACUUCGUCAAGGCGAGUCUGGCUUUGUUGACUGCUACGCCACUGGUGACCAACCCAUUGAUAUCUCUUGGUCGGUUCCUGGUGGCAUACUACCUGAUUCAGUUUACAUUAGAGAUAGAGUCAUAGGCUUCAAAAAUAUACAAAAGCAAGAUGCAGGUAGAUAUUUGUGCGUGGCUAAGAAUCGAGCUGGCAAAGAAAGUGCUGAAGUUAAUGUCAUCGUAAAAGUCCCUCCAACGAUCACCUUGUCUUCGUAUAGACUAGUUACCUACGUAGGCGCCUAUCCCAGUGUCACCUGUAGCGCCACUGGUGACCCAACCAUCGAACUCUACUGGUUGCCUUAUCAACGUACCCUGCCUGGUUCAGUUUACAUCCAAAACGGAUACAUCGGAUUCAACUAUAUCACAUCUGCACAUGCGGGUUCUUAUAUCUGCUUGGCUAGAAAUCCAAAUGGCAUAGCAACAGCUCGUCUUGAAGUCAUCGUAACGUAAGAGAUUAAGAGGAGAAGCAGUGCAACCCCAAAGUGUCUGGAUACAUAUAAAUGGAAUUUUGGUUAUUAAAGAGAGCCUACAAAUACCCCAUGGGGUUUGAUUUUCAGCUUGCCAGAAAAGCUUUUCUGCCGAAGAUGCAGUUUUAAGUUCGGUCUUUUUUAUCGGAUCGAAACUAACGAAUAUGUAUAUCUAUACAAGAAGACAACAAAAACAGAAAUAGCUUCUUGUGUUAAGAAAAAAAAGUCAUUGGCGAACAGUAUUCAAUAUCUUGAUCUAAUUUAUAAAUAAAGUAAUGCAGUCUCUAAAGUGUUGUUAAUAUUAAAUGUUUAUGUUGUU